AUGGCUAAAGACCUCUCCGAGGAGUUCGGCACCCACGUCGCUAUCAUCACAUUCUCCCCCACCUACGAGCCCAAAGCCUACUGCGCAACCACCGCCGACUUCGUCCUCCGCACCUACCUUCCCGAGUUCCAUAGCUCGCCAUCUCUAGCUUGUGUUGAAAUAGCGGAGGAGGCUGCUGCAAGAGUUGAUGGAAUGAAGCGGGAGGCGGAGGAGACUCCUUUCCUGGCUGAGGCAGAAAGGGUGUGUCAUGCUGCCGCAUGGUCGAAGAUCUUGGUUGCUCAGACGAGCGUAGUGAAACAGAACUGGUGGGAGGUGGACGUGGAAGCUCUCAGGGCAGACGAGUUGUCGGUGUUCGUCAGGGCGUUAGAGGUGCUAAGGACCAAUGUCCAAUGCCACCUCGAUGCAAAGGAAUCAUCCCGAAAAGAUAAGAUGCAUCCUUAA